CGCGAUAUGUGAGUCAUGUAAUUCGUGUAGAUUAAGAAACGAAACGAUUUUUACCCUUAUGUUAUUUAGCAGCGUACAUUACAUAGUUGGGUGCAACACUACUAUAGGCUUAAUAGUGUUCUAUAUGUGUAUUGCCACGAUGGCUGAAGAUUUUGGCAUUGACAACAAAUCUGAAAUGGAAACAAUAAUUCAAAGCAAUGUUCCAAAGAUUGAUGGUGUUGGGACUGCUGCGUUGUCAAAUACCUUGGAUUUAUCACAGAAUGAAAUUAAUUUAUUAAGAUUAAAAACAUCUCAGACAAUAUCAAAACUUGAAGAAUCUAUUUCAAAAGGAACAAAGUCAGAAGGUAGUACAUGGAACAAUUCUUCAGGUUUUUUAUCACAUUCUAAAACAACCGAAGAAAUAUUUACGUUAAUACAGGAUCUUAUUGUAUAUGAAGAUGCUCCUCAAAUAAUCGAAGAUGGAAAAACUGAACCGAAUCAUACAAUAAACUUACCAUCCACUACAGAUGUAGCCAAAUUAGCUUUAAUAUCUCAUUCAGUAUCAGCUUAUGCAAUGUCAUUACCUAGACCACAUGCCCAAAGGUUAGCUGGUCGCUUAGCUGCUGACACUACAAGAUGGCUCAGUCAUAUUUUUAGGUUUGUUGAUUGUGCUUCAUCUUUUCAUGAAGAUCCAUUGGAAGGAUUUGUAAGGGUUACUCGAUUAGCAAUACAUAAAAAAUAUCCUAAAUAUAUAGAUGAAGGCUUUACAGCAUUAGCUACUUCACCUCCAUUAAUUUAUAGUUCAGUUACUGCCCCACUUGGAUUAGUUCAGCAUUUAUGCAAACAACUUUCACUACCAUUACACUGCAUAAGGCCCAUUCCACAUAAUACAAUAUUUGGAUCCCAGCAUAGUAUGGAUAUCUCGGUACUGGAACGGCGCUUAACUGAAGAUUCUCAAUCAAAUACUGUAACACCACUAUUAUUGUUAGCAGAAGCAGGGUCUGUACUUACAGGGCAUUGUGAUAACAUAAGUAGGUUACGUGACAUAUGUGAUAAAUAUGAUGUUUGGUUACAUCUUCGAGGUGACUCUUUAGCAGCAUUAGUCUUAAAUAAUUCAACAAAAGAUAUGUCUUCAAAAAUUGCAGAUAGUAUUACAUUACCACUUGGCAUUUGGUUAGGAAUACCUUCAUUACCAGUAGUUACUUUGUAUAGAUUAACAGAUACAAGAAGUGCACAUCCAAUUUCUAGAGACACAACAUUGUCAUUAAUAUCUGGUUUAAUGAUAGACUCUCUAUCAAGACGGUUACCAACCUUACCUCUCUGGAUGGUGUUACAAGUUUUAAGUCGUGAUGGCAUUGUCAAUCGUUUUAAACAUUGUUUCUUAGUUGUAGAGGAACUGUACAAUAAAAUUAAGAAAUUUAAUUGCAUUAGACUACUAAGUCAAAAACCUGGAGGUGAAUCUGGUGUUUAUACGAUAAAGGAGUUGUUAAUAAAUCCGUUAAAUGGACCACAAUUGCUUGAAGUUGUGGCAACUGCUCUUGUAUUUCAAUUUGUACCACCCGACAUAGAUCUUCAAGAACUGCAGCGAGUACCACCUUAUUAUGAUAAAUUAAAUUCCUGGCUGGGUCAGAUUUUACAGCGUGACAUUGAAAAUGUAGGUAUCGAACUGUGUGAAAUAGAACAGUAUGGAAUUGCUAUUAGAAUUUGUCCACUUGAGAGUGUUGAGAAUCCACCAAACAGUGAUGAUAUUGAUAACGUUGUUGCCUGCUUAGAACAGCAAAUCGAUAUUCUACUAGCAACUGUGCAUCACAAAGAAACCUUUACACAAUUAGUAAUGGAAAAUGAUUCAUUGCAUUUAGUUGAAAUGCCAGGUUGGGCUGGUUUAGGAGGUGUUAGAUAUGCGCCUUCUACUUGGGUUCAUGUGUUAACUGAUCAAGCAAAGGAAGAGCUGAAUAAUUUAAACACCCAUUUAGUGGAAACACUACGAAGUACUGAUGCUGCCUUUUCACUUGGUGAAGGUACUGAUGGCUUAGUUUGUGUUCGAUUUGGAAUGGUUACUCAUGAUACAGAUGUAGCAGAAUUAUUAACACUUGUCCUUCAAGUUGGUCAGGAGGUAGAAGCAAAUUCAAAAUUAAUGGACACAAUGUCAGAGGUGGUAAAACGUGGUAUAGAAGCAGCACAAACUGACUUGGAGCGUGAAAAUGCCGAAAAAUUAUGGCAAGAUGGAAUUUUACGCCAUGUUCCUGUAGUUGGAACUUUUGUCAAUUGGUGGAGUCCACCAUCAAAAGAGAGUGGUGUUCGAGGUCGUAGCCUAAAUUUGCAAGCAGGCAUUGUUGAGAGUACAGAGAAUAUUUACAAGUAUCACAUGCAAUUACAACCAAAUUCAAAAUCAGUUAAUGGAUCUGGAGCACGAACUCCACCUAAACCACAAGUUCAAAUGCCAGUAGGACCUGAUAGCCAAAGUCAUAGUCGAUCAUCUAGCCAUUCCAGUUUACAAUGUGGUAAAAAUUUACAAACCACAACUGACAUGAUUCAGUCACUUGUAAAUGAAAAAUCAAGCGAAACUUCUUAGUAAAACCUUUUAUA